UUCUCCUCCCCCUCCGCUUCCCUCCCCCUUCUCUUCCUUCGUCUCCACGAAACCAAAACCAGAUCAUCUCUCUCUCUCUCUAAAAACCCUAAAGCCCUCAACUUCCAGUCGUCUGCAGUGCCGAAGGAUGUCGUUCGUCGCUUCCGAGGUUUCGUAGAACCCGGCACCCCUUUCGAACCUCGCUUGCCGGGAACGACCCCUCUUCACCGGGCGGCGACCGAGCUGCGCUGCUCUGCUCCGAUACGCCGCCGCCGCCAUGGCCAUCCGCGCCACCUUCACCUACUCGACCUACAUUGCCCAGGCCUUCGCCUCCAACGCGGGCCUCCGCGUCGGGAACUGCCGGUUGCUCGAGGAGUGCUGGGUCCGGUCCCGCCUCCUCUGCCCGGGCAAGAGGUCCGAACCCGACCUCAGGCCCCACCCCUCGGCGCCUUCCGCUUCCGCUUCCGCGUGCUCCGCCCUCGCGGGAGAGGCCCGCGGCGGCUCCGAUUGCGGGAGCUCGGUGAUCGCCGGCUUGAUCUCGCUGGCGAAUUCGAUCGCCGGGGGUUCGUGCUGUUCUCCGUUCUCGAGCGAGGGCGUUUUCGGGAUUUCGCCCGGCAGGGCCUUGCCCGCGGCGGCUGCUUCCGGUGGCGGCGUGGACGGAGGAAAUGGAGAUGCGACGUGCUGUGAGAGAGAGGAGGACGAUGGUGGUGGUGCCGAGAGAUUGAGGAAUGUUGCGGGGAAUGGGUGGUUUUCGCGGGUUUUAGGGGUUCGUGCGGAAGAUGCGAAGGCGGCUUUCACUGCCUUGACGGUGGGUUUGCUCUUUAGAUCGCCUUUGGCCGAGGCGAGGUCGAUACCCUCUUCGUCUAUGUAUCCAACUCUCGAAGUUGGUGACCGCAUUUUGGCAGAAAAAGUGUCUUACAUCUUUCGACAACCUGAGGUUUUGGACAUUGUCAUAUUCAAGGCGCCUCCAGUUUUGCAGGAAGCUGGCUAUGGCUCAAGUGACGUGUUCAUAAAAAGGAUUGUGGCAAAGGCUGGAGAUUAUGUUGAAGUUAACGAUGGUAAACUUUUGGUGAAUGGUCUUGCUCGAGAUGAAGAUUUCAUCUUAGAGCCACUUGAUUAUGAGAUGGAGCCAGUGCUUGUGCCCGAAGGAUAUGUUUUCGUGAUGGGAGACAACCGUAACAACAGUUUUGAUUCCCAUAACUGGGGUCCGCUGCCUGUCAAGAACAUAGUUGGUAGAUCAUGGUUCCGCUAUUGGCCUCCGUCCAGGGUACCCGAUACUCUACACGAAGCACGCAGCAUCAAGAGCGCCAUUUCUUUCUCCGUCUCGGCCACGAUUCCUAUGGAUGGAUACAGCUUAGGAUGGAUUAUGUUGACCUUCGGAACGACUGCUGAAAUGCAAAGAGAGGGAGGAAAAGCUUAUCAUCUCUGCCCUCCCCGACCGGAGGUCGCCGGUAGCUGUCGUCGACGGGAACCGCACGACCUUGACCGAACAGCAGAAAGAGAGAGCGCGAUGAGCUCGAGCUCGAGCUCCGCCAUAGCCACUUUCUCUCUCCUCUUCUUCUCUCUCCUCCGUUUGCUGUCACUGUCGCUCCAAAUCCCAGCUCCAGCUCUCGCGCUCGAUGCCUCGUCCCUGCCCUCCGGCGCCGCGCUCUUCUUCCAGGACGUCGUGAAGGGGAUCUGCGCGAGGCAGAGAUGGGACCCGGACGCCGUGAGCCUCUCCAGGCUGGAUCUGGGCAGGGCCAGGUACGGGACCGCCCAGAGGUACGAGCUCCGGAUCCGGUUCGGCAAGACCCAUCUGCUCUUCUGGUCCUCCGACGAGGUGGCGUCGUGGAGGAAGCUGAACGCCACGCGGGGAGCGGAAUUCCUGGAUUUGGUGAGGGGGAUCGGUUCGUCGCCGGUGAUUGGUACUUUCAAGGUGGACGGCCCAUUCGAGUUGCGGGCUGAUGGAGAUCACGAGUUCUCGCUCUCGCUGCCGCUAAACACCACAUACAGUGGAUUGAGACAUGUCUUAGUGGGUGAAGGCAUAACUGUGGAAGUGAAUGGAGCUCAAGAAGUUUCUCUGCUUUAUGGACCACAGUUUAAUUUUUCAGGCAACGUCACUGAAGUGAAAAAUGGAUUCUGGCCCUAUUGGCAAUCACUGUGCACUCCUUUGUUGCCCAUUCGUGUUUCAGGAUCUGCGUCACUUAUUGCCUACAGAACUCGAAAUCCAAGUACAUAUUUAGAGACUAAUUUCCCAUCCAAAGAUACCAUUGAGUUGCUGCCGGAGAAAUGUUAUGGCAAUUUUAUGUAUAAGAGACCUUCAUGCCCCAUUGAUUCCUUGAGUUCGAGGAUAGCCGCUCUUGAAAGAAUUCUGGGGGGUUUAAUGGGUAAUCGGAUGCGUCAAAAUGGGUUUUUAGGAUUUGUAAAAGCUAAAAUUAAAGCUGAAACGAUUAUUCGUCUCCAGAUACAAUUGGAACGGAAUGUUACAGGUAAUGAGACUCACCUAGUAAAGUUGGAGCAGUGGAGAACGAGGCCUACUGUUGAACGAGUCUGGUUCCAGGUGGUGGCCAGAGUAGAUGCAGAGAGGCUGACGCCCCUCAUAAUAGAUAAAGUGAGGCCUUUUAGUGGAGGAGAUACUGUUGCAUGGAGUAGCUUAUUGUCAAAUAUCUCAUUCACUAAGUUCCCAUCCAUUUUAGUCCCUCCAGAUGCUCUCACUUUGGAUGUGAAAUGGUAAAUAAUACCACUUGCCUCUCUUGUAACAUAGUGUUUGUUCUGGAAAUUUUUGGUGUACAAAAUUGAGGCACAAUGUUCCACUUUAUCUUGUUUGCAAGGAUUAGGAAUACAUCUCAAUUGUAUAAGUGCCUCUCAUUUGCCUGUGUAAAUAAUAUUUGUGAAGUAAAUGAAGAGUCACAAUGAGGUUUUUGUUUUCUGGCAA